AUGAACGCAAAGAUGUUCCGUGAUGUCUCGCACGCCUCCUUUGUAACCAUCUCGAACGUUGUAGCGGACUUUGAUCUUUGGCAGCAAUACCUCUCCUUGCGCCUGACACUUGACAUAUUCAGGUGGAAAUCCUCUACCCCAAUGGUGAUUGAAGAAAACUGUGAUUCUCUUGUGCCAGUUUGUAGGUGGAACUCAUCGCGACCCAGGAAUUUUGAUGUUUCGGCAAGUGAGGAACUGAAUCAUAGAGUAUAA